CAGUUUCUUCUUCUCGUAAGUAUUGUUUGUCUCCUUCGGCCCACAAAAUAGGGCACCAGCAGGCAUCUCCACCUUCACCACCACCAUCGACGCAUUACAGCCCCACAGCAGAGCAGCACCAAUGACGAAACCACCUGCGGCCACCACCACCUCUUCCAAACGCAUCCACAAUUAUAUCUGAACCAGCAGAAUCGAUUGUUAUGGGGGAGAAUGGUUCUCACCUCCCAUUCUCGCACAGGCACAGUGUAACAAGGGGCAUUUUGUAAUUUUACUCUUCAUCCCCUCAAAUCUUCUCCAUUAAGAGAGGAUCAUUCUCACCUUCCCUCCCUCAAAUCUACGCCUGCAAUUUCCCCAAAUCAUUUCUCACUCCCCCAAACAUUAUACCUUCCUUCUGCAUAUCCUCUCUGUGUGCUCACACCAUGUCCAAGAAGAACCUCUGCAAGCCCUUUUAUUUUCUUUUGCGGCGCUCUUUAACUUCAUUUCCGCAGCACUUCACUUCCAAUUUUCCUCCUCACAUUAAACUCUCUCUUCUUCAUCAUGCAUCACCUCACCAUCCUCCUCCUCGCGCUCCCACCUUCGAUUUCAACUGUUCUCCCGGGUUUUCCUNNAAAACUUUAUGCUCUAAAUCUNCCGUGGAAAUCCAAAGUGGGUGCUGGAAUUGCCAUGCUGCCCCUCAUUCCGCNCCUUUCCUCGUAUGCGACUCGUGNCGGUGCAUUCAACCCGUCGAUGGUUCCACCGACUAUUUUGAGAUAUUUGGGGUGGAGAGGAAGUAUGAUCAAGAAGGUGAGAAUUUGGAGGUCAAGUACAAAGAGUGGCAAAAGAAGCUGCAUCCUGAUUUAGUACAUUCAAAAUCUCAGAAAGAAAGGGAUUUUGCUGCUGAACAAUCUGCAAGGGUGAUUGAUGCGUACCGUACACUUAGCAAGCCUUUGUCAAGAGGAAUUUACUUGCUGAAGCUUAAUGGAGUAGAAAUUGAUGAAGAGCAGACAAUAUCAGAUCCAGAACUACUGACAGAGAUUCUUGAAAUCAGGGAAGCAGUUGAAGAAGCUACAAAUGGGGAGGCUUUGAAUCGCAUUCUCUCCCAGAUGCAGGAGAAGCUGCAAAAUUGGUCUAAUACCUUAGGUCACGCUUUUCAAAACCAGAAUUUUGAGGAAGCAAAAUUGGCAAUCAGGAGAAUGACUUACUAUAGUCGUGUAAUUGAUGAAGUCAUAAAGAAGCUUUGAUAUAGAUUUAGGUAAUUUGAGAGAGAAUCAGCCUCCACCGCCAAGUGAGAAAGUCGAACCAGCUGCUGGAGUGCUGCCGCUGGAGUCCCACCGCCAGAGUGUUGUCUUUCCUCCACCAAGUGUCGUCGCAGUGCCGGCGUUCGAAAGUAAAACUUAGACGUCGUCGUCUUCUCUCCUCAUAACCACCGUGCUGUCGCUUUAGUGUUGACGUUCGAAGGCAAAACCUUGACAGUAUCGUCUUCAGUCCUUCCAACCACCCAGUGUUGCCACAGUGCUGCCGCAGUGCCGUCGGAGUACCUAAGGUCUUUUCUUUCUAUUUUUGUGUUAAAAAAUUGGAAUAACGCUUAAUCUAUUCUAUUUGUGAGGUUGUUGUAUUUACGACAAAGAGCAUGGUUUAUGCUUAGGUGAUAUGUAUCGACCCUUGUGCUUCUAUUAUAUAUGUCUUAUGUGAUUAAUUAGAAUAGUUGUAAUUACUGUGUGGGGAGGUGAAACUCCAGUUGAAUUGGAUUGACAUUCCUGGUUCAAGGCAUCUCUAGAUCACAGUCACCUGAUGCUCCCAGUCCAAGACUUGGCAUAUUGUAAAGUUUAUACUUGCAGUCUCAUAAACCAGAACAAAGCAAGAAAAGAUAU